UCCGACUUCAGCGGUCGGGUGGUGAACAACGACCAUUUCCUUUAUUGGGGCGGCGUGCAGAAGGAGAACGAUGAACAGGAGUACCGCUUCGAGGUGAUAGAGCAGACGGAAUUCGUCGACGACGCCUGCUUCCAGCCCUUCAAAGUCGGCAAGACGGAGCCGUACGUGAAGCGCUGCGUCGCCACCAAGAUCCAGUCGGCGGAGAAGCUGAUGUACGUGUGCAAGAACCAGCUGGGCAUCGAGAAGGAGUACGAGCAGCGGCUGAUGGCCGACGGCAAGCUGACCGUCGACGGGUUCCUGUGCGUCUACGACGUGAGCCUCGUGCCGGGGAGGACAUGGGAGAAGCAGAACGAGAUAACGGCCGCUAUCCUGCAGAACAUACUGAAGCUGAAGAAGCCGGUGGUGCUGGUGACGUCGAAGAACGACGAGGCGUGCGAGCAGGGCGUGCGCGAGGCGGAGCGGCUCGUGACCAGGAAGGAGUUCAAGGGCAGCGUGCCCAUCGUGGAGACCUCCAGCCACGACAACGUCAACGUGGACCAGGCCUUCUUCCUGCUCGCCCAGAUGGUCGACAAGGCCAAGGCGAGGAUAAAGGUGGCGAACUACGCGGAAGCCUUGAGAAUAAGGAGGGAGACACUGGACUUCGUGACAGAGGCUUUUACCCAGCUAAUCCGCAUACACGUCCAGGAUCAUAAGGAAAUGUGGUCUGCCGCUAGCAAGAGGCUUAGUCACUUCCCCGAAUGGAUCAAAUUCGUCCAGCAAUUUGGCAACGAUGGAACACAGGUCGUGUACCGUCGUCACAUUCGCCGUUUGAAAGAGGAGCGAUCGGCCAAGAAGUUGCGGAAACAACUGGCAAAGCUGCCCCAAGCGCUCUCCCGCAUGAACCUACCCACCGAGGAUCUGCAGGAGAACGACUGGGCGGUGGUGGUGCGGCAGCUGCGCUCGCACCGCGACUUUUCGGUGUACUUCAGCGAGGGCAGGGGCCGCGGCUCGCCCUCCGGCUCCGGCUCCGAGCUGGACAGCCCGCUCAACACCGACACCACGCUGAGGCUCGGCGAGCGGGCGCGCUACCAGACUUUGGGACAAUCGCAGAAGAUACCCUACGAGAUAUUGGAGACGAACGAAGCGGCUGCCGUGUUCAAAACAUUCCUGCACGAGGCGCAAGAGGAGCAAAGGAAUUAUGAGUGGUGCCAGCAGUUCAAGCGGCUGCUCGAGGAGACCGGCUACGUGACACCCGGCAAGCAGCUGGCGGAGGUGCGCGUGCUGCUGAUGGGCCGCGAGUGCUACGAGGCGCUCACCGAGGAGCAGCAGCAGCGCGUCUACGACCAGCACCAGCGUCAGAUCCAGCGCCGCGCCAAGCACAACCUGCAGGAGCUCCUGUUGGAGCACGCAGAUCUGUUCUAUCACUUCAAGAGUAUAUCACCCACUGGCACGAUUACCCAAGAGGAUAUCAAGGAAAUUACCGAUGUGUUACAAGACGAUUUCCGGUAUAAAAUGCUCGAUCGUAUGGAGCAGGACAGAAAGCUGAUGCUGUUCCAACAUCUCGGCUUCGUCCACUGCCCCAUGCGCGAGCAUUGUCCAGCCGCCUCCAACUGCCUGGAUGCUACCCUUCCGGUGAUCCUUAACACGAGGGUUGGGUCGCUGACGUCGGCGGGCGAGUCCCAGUGCCAAGCGGGACCGCCCGCUGCGCCCUGGGCGCUCACCACCGACUCGAACCAGAUCAACGUCAUCAUACUUGGCAUGGAGGGCGUGGCGGGCGAGUUCGGGUCGCGGCUGCUGGCCGGGUGCGACGCGGCGCGGCGCGUGUGCGUGCGCGGGCAGCCGUGGCGCGUGCGCCAGCGGCUGCGCCUGGCCGACGCCGACCACGACCACGGCCACGGCGCCAACGACGACGACCCGGACGACGGCGACUUCGCGCCCAACGGAUAUUUCUGCGUGUACCAAGACCAGGAGUCGUUUGAGUUUAUCAGGAAUUGCGCAGAAAAAACACUAUUGUCAAGUUUAGAGCAAGAAGAUAAGUUGCCUUUUCAAGGUCUUCCAUUAGUGGUGAUGUUCGUGCAAGACGAGGGUAUGGAUAAGAAGGAGCUUGCUAGGCUGCAGGAAGAAGGACAAAACCUCGCUGAUAACUUACACUGUUCGUACAUGGAGGCGUCGGUUAGUGAACUCGGUACGGAGGCUCUUACCGCCGAUGCGAUACAAGAACUCAUCCGUACCAACAGGGAGAAGGCCAGCUAUGCGCAUCUCUACAGAGAUCUUAUCGUUUGCUUCGACUCUGAUAUACGGAUAAUGGUGUGCAUGUUCUGCGACGACCCGUACUCGCCGGAGCGGGUGCUCAGCCCGCUGCUGCUGCACCGCGCCUGCUUCCUCACCGGCGACCGCUCCAUCGUCAUCGAGACGUUCCUCGGCGACUCCAAGAGGAAGGUCGAGGUAAUAAUAUCAAGUUUUCAUGGUGCCAGCCAGUUCAGAGAAGAGUUGAUUCACGGCUUCAUCCUCAUCUAUUCUGCUAAGAGGAAAGCAAGCUUAGCAACACUCAACGCCUUCUCGAUGAACAUCCCCAACCUGCCGAUCCAAAUGGUGGCGGUGACGGACGGCGGCGGCUCGGCGGCCAGCGCCUUCUUCGGCACCGACCUCGGCCACGCGCUCAUCACGGAGGGCAACGCGACGGCGGACAGGCUCGGCGCCCACUUCACCACCUACACCUCCAGCGCAGAGAGCAAGUCGGCGUUCUACACGCCGUUCUUCAAGGAGGUGUGGGAGCGUAAGGGCGAGAUAGAGCGCGCGUUCCGAAUGGAGCAGCCGCACAACCUGCCCGACGUGGCCUCCGCCCGCCCGGCGCCGCCGCCGCGCAACCACUCCUACCACCUCAACAACAAGAUGGAACACAAGCUCACAAACUCGCUCGACCUCCUCAUCGGUCCCGACUCGCGCGCCGACAUCGACUCUGAAUACAGUGACACUUUGAACAACUCCAAGAACAGAGGUUUCCUUAAAGGUUUCAGCGUUUAUCCACCGCCAAGUACACCGCCUGAGCCCGCCCCGCCCGAUCAUAGAAUGCACGCGGAUUUAUCUCCCGAUCUCAACUGUUCCGAGGAUUCGCUCAGCACGCACGAGUCAGACGGGGGCGGGAUGUGGCAGCCGGGCGGGUACGGGCACCGUGCGUUCACGACGGGCCGCGCCAGACCUCAGCCACCCAACCAGCGGCCGCGCCACUCGCAGACUCUCAAGCAACCGGGAAAAUUGGACAUGAACAACUAUACAAUGGUCAGCGAUGCUCUUCAGCACAUUACUAUUGGCCCACCUCAUUCUAGGGAAAGGAAGAUAAAGGAAACCAAUGAGUAUAUGGAGGCGCCAUCAAUGACGAGACUGAGGAGACAUCGGAGGCACGAGAAGACGCCAUUGCAUCAGCCAUCGUUCUCGGAGACGGAUAGCUCCGGCUCGAGCGAGGCGUCCGGCGGCGCCGCUAGGAUCCACGCGCGGCGGCGGCACAACGCCCACCACGCGCCGCGGCACUACAAGAAAAGGUCACUGGGCAACCUGGUGGCGGUGCAGAGCCCCAGGGUGCCGAAGCUGGGCAUGUUCGUGGGGCCCCCGGAACUGCCCACCGGGUACCGGGCGCGUGCGCAGGAGGACAAAGCCGCCGCCAGCGAUUCGAGCGACGGCAGCUCGGACGGCGAGGCGCGCCGCCCGCGCCCCCUGCCGCCGCCGCCCCACCACGAGCCCACGCACAAGGACCGAAUGCCGUAUGAGUUGCUGACGGGCGAAUACCCCUCUUCGGCGCAGGACAACUCCUCGUCCAGUGCGGCCGACUCCCGCCGCCGUCCGCAUCCCUUCGGCAAGCACGACCGCCGCCACAAGGAAUUCUCCAAAAGUAAAGACUCAAAGAAGAACGCGGCGCAAUUAACGAAUACGCAGUCAAUACAAAAUUGGGGCCCGCAGGGCCCCCACGGAGUGCCGCUCUUCGUGGAGAAAUGCGUGGAGUUCAUCGAGCGGGAGGGGCUCGCCUCCGAGGGGCUGUACCGGGUGCCGGGCAACAGGGCGCAUGUCGACAUGCUCUUCACCAAGUUCUAUGAAGAUCCCAACAUAGACCUGGACUCGCUGGAUAUACCGGUGAACGCUGUGGCAACUGCGCUCAAGGACUUCUUCUCGAAGAAGCUGCCACCUCUUUUAGACGAGACCAGCAUGGCACAACUGGAGGAUAUAGCUGCGAUGCGCGGCUGCAUAGCGGGCGGAGUGGAGCUGAAGGACCGCAGCUGGCGCUUGCUGGCGCUGCGGGCGCUCCUCAACUCGGCACUCACGCCCGUUGCGCGCGCUACGCUCGACUACGUGUUGCACCACUUCGCCAGGGUCGCCGACAACUCGAAGCUGAACUCGAUGGACAGCAAGAACCUGGCGAUAUGCUGGUGGCCCACGCUGCUGCCCGUGCAGUUCUCGGACAUGGGCCGCUUCGAGAUGACGCGGCCCUACCUCGAGGACAUCGUGCAGACGAUGAUCGACCAGCACCCCUUCCUGUUCCGCGGCCAGGAGGCCUUCGUCAUGGUG